AAGAAGGACCAAAUUCUUUAUUUCCGGGGAAAGGGCCAAAAAAAAAAAAAAAAACCUAACAGGAAACUAAAAGAUGCCCAUGUCUGUUAAAGGAAGAAGAAGAUGAGCUCCCAUAAUAAUAAUAAUAGUGACAAUAAUAGUAAUUUUAAUAAUCCAUGGCGGCAGCAAGCUCCAAGUUCAAGAGAGGAAGAAAUAGUAGCGAAGGCGUGGGGGGUUCUCCUCUUUGGCAUCAUUGGCGCCACCAUCACCACCUUAGCGGUCUGUCAGUUGCGCAGGACUGGAGAGUGGUUCUACACAGAGCUGAACAAGUCCCAGUCAAAUCAAUCAUGGAAGAGGGGAGCAAGUAGUUCAGGUUGGGGAACCUACAGAGAAGAAGCAUGGAGAAGAAGAUAUAAACAACGACUACAAGAGGAGUAUGAGGAGGAAAUGGAGAGAGUGGAGCGUAUUAGGCGCAUGCAAAGUGUAUUCAACAGAGAAAGAAACAAAUAUAAAAGGAGUUAUGAGAGUUGGAGGGAAUAUGGCCCUGGUGCGUAUCAGCAUUAUCAAAGAGAUGACUGGUACUGGCAUACAGAUACGUCUUACAGAGACCAAAGAACAAAUUACUGGUCCACUCCUACAAAUACCGGGAAUUACUCAAUGUCACAUCAUUACUCAGUCUUGGGUCUUGACAGGUCAAGAGCAAAACCAUACACAGAGGCAGAAAUCAAGACUGCUUUCAGAGUAAUAGCUAUGAAAUACCACCCAGAUCAGAACAAGGAUAAUAUAGAGGUUGCAGAGGCAAAAUUUAAAGAAGUGAUGGCGUCCUAUGAAGCAAUUAAACUGGAGAGGAAAAAUGCCAAUUGUUGUUGAGAAAUCUACCUGCGGACAGUCCAAAGCGAUUUUCCAACCAACUGUAAUUUCGUUUCCUUAGCAUUUGCUGUGACAGUUUUAACUUUGCAAACCCUUUAUCGAACAAAACUUGUGUGUUAUGUAAUUGUCUAUUAUACCAUCAUUUGUAAUUUUGCAGUGUGUGUAUCUUCGACAACCUCUCUUUCACAUGACUCCAAAAGAUUAUAUAUGUAUGUUAGAAGUAUUGAAAUAUCAUGAUUUUUGUAUUA